ACGAAGACCACCACGACUUCAGACCUUCGAUGGUUUUCUAUAAAAGAAACGGUCGCCAGACUAUAUCCUAACAAACGUACAGAAUGUUUCGUUCAAUCUUCUUCGUUGCUCUCUUCCACCUCGGAUUCUUAUUUUCGAUCAUUUCAACGAUCGAUAUAUCGAAUACGAAGAAAACUGAUAUCAGUUUAAGUGAAAACGAUAUUGUACCUAAAAAUCAACUGAAACAAUUAGUACCAUCAUCAGAUCGUUCGACGUCGUUCAUUGGUGAUGCAUUCUCCGGCAAUCGAUAUCCAAAUGAAGUUGUUUACAGACGAAUUUUACAGUUUGAUAAUCCUACCACAGAAAUUCAUAGUUUUUCGAUGACUUUAAAUGUACCAAACGGUAUUAUCAACUAUGUGAAUAUCAUGAACAAUCAAGGUAGUUAUGCUGUUGCCUGUAUCGACGAAUCAACACUCGAAUCAUCCAAAGUCCUCGUACAUUAUCGCAUACCAGCUAGCAGUACUUCAAAUUUACUGCUCAUCGUUGCAGCACAUUGAUUACAAUUUCUAAUUAAAAUUAAUCUUAAGAGUUAUAAUAUCUUAUUUUAUUUCUAAUUUUAUUCGACAUCAAA